AUGUCUGCAUUUCUAGCUUCAGUGCUUAUUUGUGCCAUGGUGGCGGAGGGCCUUCGGGCAGGACCUUCGAAAGAAUAUAUUGUUUACCCAAGACUUCUGCAAGCAAGAGGAAUGAAUGGAAUGAAGCUCCUUCAAGUCGAUGAGAAAAUUACUCUGCAUUUAAAGAAGAGCUCUGUAGUCGCCGAAAAUUUAACUGUAUCAACUCUUAAUGGCGACGAGCAACUGAAUACUUUGGUAGAUGGAAGGGAAGUGGAAAAGGACAUUUACCAUGAUCAAAGUCAGAUGGCAGUGGUAUCUGUCACGGAAAAAGACGGAACUGUGGAAGUGAGAGGGUCGUUGGGUCACACGCUGAGGAUUGCUCCUCUGCCACUGAUGGGACGCUCUGAAGAUGGACACAUGGCACACAAGGUUUUCAAAAUCGAAGAGCCGGAGGAGUUCAAAACCGACUACAUAAUCCCAUCGGAACGGAGUAUCCCGCUAAGACGACAACAUAUCCGACCCAAAGUAAAUAUUCCUGAAGUUUUCUUUGCCGAGGUGUCUUUUGUUUUCGAAGAGAACCACAGCAAACACUUUCCAGAUGAACCCAGCCUCUUAAGAUAUGCAUCACUAGCUCUUCAAAUGAUAAACCUGAGAUACGCUGAUUUUCCGAAUCCACGGGUCCAGUUUAUUCUGGUUGGUGUUACUACUAUAAAAGGGAUGAACCCUGUUACGAAAGUAGUAGAGGAUCGAGAUGUCUUGAGGCCAAACACUCACAGGAAAAAAUACAUGCUCUCUGGAGAAACCCUAGACAGUCUUGCGGAUGCUGUUUACACCAAUGUGCUCAAAGUUGUUGCUGACGUCACCGUCUUGGUUACAGCGUUGGACCUUGCGGAUUAUAAAUCUGGUCAACUUUCUAACAGCGUCUUGGGUGUUGCCUUUCUUGGGGGAAUGUGCAGUGUACGUAAAAGAGCUGCCCAAACAGAAGACACACCUGGCACAUACAGCAUGGUCCCCAUUUUAGUGCACGAACUCGGGCACUCACUUGGAAUGGUACAUGAUGGAGACAAAGCAGUAUAUAGCACUGGUGCAUACAAGAAUUAUGUAUGCAGCGCACGUGAUGGCUACACAAUGGCACCAACUGCAAACGGCGCUCGGAAUGGAGAAUGGUCUACGUGUUCCGUGCAACACUUGCGUGGGUUUCUUGAGACUCUAGAACAGGAUUGCUUUGAAAUGUUGUCAGCGAAAGAAUACACGAUACAUAUGGCACAACUUCCGGGGGCUGGAAUUACAAAACAACAAUUGUGUGAGAAAACGUACUCAGCCUUCAAGGGCGUGACCGUUCAUCCCGACUCCCGAAAUUCUGCAGAGUGCAAAAUCUGGUGCUGCCCUGCUGAUUACCACGAGUGCCUCCAAGCUCAACUUACGGAUGGAAUGGAAUGUAAAUAUGGAUAUCACUGCGUCAAACACCGAUGCGUUAAGAAGACGAUGUACCAGCCACCCAGGCCAGCGUGGCCUACACGUUAUACAACCCGGUUAACGACAACCCCCACAACACGGAGGACACAGAGAAAUUGGUGGUGGAAUGGGUAUAACUUGAGACAAGACAAAACAAACCCCGACUCGAAGAGAACCUAUCACUCGAAGAUGGACCCAGUACAGGGCAAGAUGUCUCAUUCGCUCGUGGAGACGGCCAGGGCUACGCUCCCACAAUAA